AUGCAACAGAGGAAGCCGACGGCGGGUAGACCCAGUGGUACCGAUGGAUCGGAUUUCUCGUACCGAAUGGUCGUUGACUCUCGUUACACGAAGGUCACUAAAGGGAAAUCUCGUCUUCGUCCUUUGAUCUUAGUUCAGGCUGCGCUAUAUUUGAUUGGACUAUCUUGUGCAAUUCUGACAACAACUAAAAAGGAUGAGAGGAACACACUUGCGAUUGCAUCUGCUGCUAUUGGCUUAGUGUGUUCAUUUAUUGGAGAAUUAGGUUGCAGACGCAGCAAAGCAAACCUUUUGACUCUCUACACUGCUGCAUCUACCAUUGUCAUGGUUCUUUCUGUGUUCUGUGCUGUUAGGAGCAGAUUAACAAUGGAGGAACGGAAUAGCUCUGGAACAACAGCGAAGCUUGAGCUCGUAGGGUUCAUUUGUGCUCAAUUAGAAGCGGUGGUGCAGAUAUUAGCGAUCAUCGUUACGGGUUCUCUUGUGAAUAAUAUGUCACCGCCUACCAAAACAGCAUAG